AUGCAUCUUGGAUUUGACAGCACCGUCUUUGACAAACAUGGCUCUGCCUUCCAAAAGAAGCUCAAACGCGAUUAUGUCACUCCGUCGCGUGCUAUCCAACGUCCUCAUGAUGACCGCGAUGAUUGCGAUGGGCCUAGUGGCAACCAGGGCUCUAAUAGCCAACAUGGAUGGAGACCAAGUUCCUCUAGUAGUCCUGAAAAUGGAGGGUGGAACAACAAUCGGGGCAACAGCUAUGACAACAACCGCGACCGCAACCGUGACCGCCAACAAGACCAAGGUUACGGCCGCACUUAUUGUGGAGGUCGUAAUGACCAGGCUGGUAUUGCUGCGCGUGUAGCCGCUCGUCCAUUUAUUGAUGAAGGCAAUCACCUCAAUCGCAUUGCCAACACCCACAUCCUAUCCCACCACUUUUUGCCUCCCUCUGCCCUCAACCGGGUCCUCCAGCGUCCCAACCCACCAUCGGUUCUACCAAAGGUGUUUCAACCGGGCUCUGCCCCACUCUGCGAUGUCUUUGCAUCACCACCGCAGGAGCCGCCGCUUAUUGCGGCUACUACCCUCGUUCCCAUCACUGAUGCACCGGGCGAGCUCCUCGACCACUUCGCGUCUCUUGUGGAUGCCGGCGACCUAGACUUCGCUGAAUUUCCUUCCACAGAGGUACUUAUUACCGAGCGUUUGCCCCUCUACCCACCACGUCCAUUGCUCCGAAUUCCUGCGAACCCAAACAAAGUGGAUCUUCCACUGUUCCCAUCCAGUGCCUUCUCGGCCACACGCAGCGAUAUCAUUACGCGGCGUCGGAAACUCCUAUCCAGGUGUUUUUCCAACUGCCCCCAAGAUGUGUGGAUGGUGUCCGUUCCCAUCCUCCAUUCCAAGUUGUUGGUGGACAAGGCGUUUUCGCCCUUUAUGCGGACCUACGCUACUGUGAAAGCGACCCCGGUGACCCGCCCCUACCCAUGUCGGUGA